AUGACCACCAGGCUGCUACAAGCAAACCUGCACCGCGCCCGCCAAGCUCAACCGUUAUUUGAGCAUACGAUGGUGGAGCGCGGUGCAGGGUUAGGGAUAGCGGCAGAGCCCUAUUAUGUCCCCAGAAACCACCCGAGUGUAAAGAGCCUGGGCCUGAUUGAGUACAGGUCCAGGCUCCAAGAGAUUGGAGAUGCUGUGAGACAGCAUCUCCAGGGUCCUGUCAUCGUUGCCGGGGAUUUUAAUGCAAAGGCAGCGGGGGAGUCAAUUAUCGACUUAACAUGGGCAACCCCUGCUGCCAUGGGGAGGGUGCAGACCUGGAGGGUGGCGGACGAGAUCGAAACCUUGUCAGACCAUCUGAUUAUCGAGAUGGAACUGUCCGUCACCCCCAAUGGCCUGAGGCCGGUCCAAAGGAAGGAACCCCGACCUGGAAGAUGGUCACUGGCCAAGCUGAACAGGGAGAUCCUGGAGAUCUCCCUGGAAGGCUCCACCUGGCCACGACGAAGGGAAGGGCAGGACCUUGACUCUGAGGUCAUGGAGGUCAUGGACAUACUCGCACAGGCGUGCGACGCCUCCAUGCCCAGAGUCAGGUCCUGCCCGAAACGGUCCGCCUGGUGGUGGUCCGACCACAUAGCCGAGUUGAGGCGCAGGUCGGUCCACGCCAGGCGGACGUUUCGAAAUGAGCGGAAUAAGCGACCCCAGGACCCUGAGGCCGUCCUGGCCACCCGGAUGGAAUUCUGCAAAGCAGCAGUAGAACUCAGAGAGGCCAUCGGGGUGGCCAGAGGAAGAGGGUGGGACGACCUCCUCCUCUCACUAGACGCUGACCCGUGGGGGCGUCCAUACAGAAUGGUAAUGCAGAAGAUGAGACCAUGGACGCCCCCAAAGACGGUGACGCUUGACCCCCGGUUCUUGGAGAGGGUGAUGGGAACCCUAUUCCCGGUUGGGGAGGGUAACCCCAUCACCCCGUACAUUCCACCAUCCCCCGAACAACAGGGGGAGGUACCGGGGGUCACAGAGGAGGAGGUGGCCGGGGGUGUCAAGAAGGUCAAGAACGGGAAAGCUCCCGGACCGGAUGGCAUCCCCGGCCGUGUCCUGACCCUGGCCUCAGGGGUUAGGGAUAGCGGCAGAGCCCUAUUAUGUCCCCAGAAACCACCCGAGGUGGUUUGGGACGACAGGGGCUCUGUCGCUAUCACAUGGAAGGCGAGCGAAAACUCCCCCGGCAAAGUUUUUGAGUUGUGGCCGGGGGUACGUCGUGGUCAGGUGGGGGAGUGA